GAGGGCGCUGAGGGGCCGGCAUGGCGGCGCGGGCCGGGCGGUGCUGCCGAGCCGGGCUGAGCUGCGGGGCUCGCUUCUCCCGGGCCGUGCUGUGCCGGGCCGUGCUGUGUCAGCCCGUGCUGCUCCCGGGCACCGCGCCGGGCUCGGGACGCGCCGCUGCUUCGUCGGCGGCCGCGGCGAGCGGCAGGGAAGGGCCGCAGCCUCGGGAAGCUUCAGUAAGGAGAAGAGGCAGGACACAACAGUUUGCAAGACCAUCUGGCCCUCCCAGGACAGAGAGGAUGKCUGUUGACCAGGACUGGAGCAGUGUGUACCCAACAGCAGCUGCCUUCAAACCUGCCUCUGUGCCUCUGCCCAUCCGAAUGGGUUACCCCAUCAAGGGAGGGGUGCCUCCCCCCAAAGAGGGCAACCUAGAACUUGUCAAGAUUCCCAAUUUUUUGCAUCUUACUCCUCCUGCAAUUAAGAAGCACUGUGCAGCUCUUAAAGAUUUCUGCACUGAGUGGCCAAGUGCUCUGGACAGUGAUGAGAAAUGUGAGCAGCAUUUUCCCAUUGAAAUUGAAACAGUAGAUUAUGUUUCUUCAGGGACUUCUAUUCGGAAUCCCAAAGCAAGAGUGGUGACUUUAAGAGUUAAACUUUCUAACCUGAAUUUGGAUGAUCAUGCAAAGAAGAAGCUCAUAAAGCUCGUGGGAGAGCGGUACUGUCCGGAGACAGAUGUGCUCACAAUCAAAACAGACAGGUGUCCCCUAAGAAGGCAGAACUAUGAUUAUGGCAUCCACCUGCUCACAGUUCUGUAUCACGAGUCCUGGAAAACAGAGAAGUGGGAGAGUGAGAAGGCUGAGGAAGACAUGGAGGAGUAUGUCUGGGAGAACAGUCGCUCUCAGAAAAACGCCUUGGACACGCUGCUGCGAAUAAAAGCCUCAGAGAAUGUCACUGAUGUCACUAAGGAGGAGCUGCUCGCCUCUAAAGUGGUUCAGAAUUACAGAAACUCCGUCAUUGCACUUAAAAACGAGGGGGAAACAGAAAGUAACUUGUCUCGGUACAAGGAGUCUGUGAUGAAACUGUUGAAUAUAAAGGUGUGAGAGCAGAGUCUGCAGGUACCCCUGGUURUUACAGAAAUGUUCAGCUACUGUGGCAGUGUUUCUGAAUGAUAUGGAUGUACAAUAUUCAGAUCCUGAACCAAAAAUGUGAAACUUGAUAGUGAGUUAAGUUGUGUUCAUGAAUCUUGGCCUUUGAAUAAAGUAUGUUUGGA